CCACAUGCUAUGAACAGAGUCCUACUAAUACUCUUCAGGAACCCCCAAAUAUCACCAGUGGGUGAAACCCACAGUAUCCCAUCCCGCACCCCGUACCUGGUCUUGAACAGGUCAUUGUAGACCAAGCCCAGAUUCCUGAGACAAUACCCCGACAUCUCCGUGACUCCGCCAUCUCCAUGCUCACGGCCCGCUGUGUCUAACAUCUCCGAGUAUUGGCUGCGACCAAACCUAUCAUGAUAUGGUCAGACCCAAUCAAGCAAAUCACACGCAAAGUGGACUGACUUGUGGUCUCGUCCUUAAUCGGUGGCCACCCUCAACACCAGACAACGGGAUAGCCCCACUCUCGUUCUAGCUCCAGGCCAUGGCGAAUACUUCCCCCUUCUCCGGGGCAGGAGUCUAGCGAAGUAUAGAGAUUUCAUGCGACUAAGCGAGGCUUUCUCCAGGUUACUGGGGUUGAAGCAUGAAUGAAUAUGCUCUAGGCUUGAUGCAGACCACCCCUUGUCUCCGCGCCACGCUAUGAACCACCUCUUCGGGAGCCCCAGGUUAGCAAAAGUAUAUUGAGUAUUCUGGGCCGGAUUGAGCCGAUUGCAGUUAUCCCCUGGAGUCGAGGCCCCUUUGUAUAUGUAUAUAAUACUCUAGAACAUAUGCUCCUCUCCUCUGCAACGACAUCCCCUUGUCAAUCCGAGAAGACCGCUUACACCCCCAGCACAAUGCACUCCGACGAUCAUGUCGCCCCAAAAGCACGCUUCGGUGGCUCGAGGCAAUUCACCUGGUAUAACUUUCGAAUCUGCUUGCUGGUCUCCCUAGGCCAGCUCGCUUUCGGCUACCCGGCGUCCAUCAUCGGCACCACCAUGGGACAGCCUUCUUUCUUGCUGUAUAUGCGCCUUGUGGACCCAGAGACCUUUCUUCCCACUGGAAAUGCCUCACAACUAGAGGGAGCAAUGUCUGCAGUAUUCUAUGCUGGCUCUGUCUGUGGUGCUCUCUCCUCAAGCUUCGUCAUGGACAGAUGGGGCCGUAAGAUGUCUGUCGUAUUUUGUGCCAGCAUCAGCCUUUUUGGAGGAAUCUUCUGCUGUGCUGCGCAGAACCCCCCUAUGUUCAUCGUCUUCCGCUUUUUCGUCGGCAUGGGAGCCAAUGCCUUCGUCCCCGUCACUGGCGUCUACACGUCGGAAUUGGCACCACCAGCUCUGCGUGGCUUUUUUGGAGGACUCAAUGGAGUUUUGAUCCUUGUAGGCUAUUCUCUCGCCUCAUACAUGGGUCUCGCUUUCUUCCACGCUCAGAAUCCAGUCGCUCAAUGGAGAGCGCCGCUGGGCCUUGCUCUUAUUUUCCCAACCUUGAUGCUCCUUCUGCUUCCAAUCUUUCCAGAGUCUCCCCGAUGGCUCUUGUUGCAGGGUCGAGCUGAAGAGGCGGAAAAGGUUGUCCAGAGACUACACCAGUCCGGGCCGAAUGACGACUUUGCCAGGAGUGAGUUCUACCAGAUGCGUACGCAAGCCGAGCAUGACAAGAAUAUGCCUUCUUCAUGGAAGGACCUGUUCAUGAAACCCUCGUACCGUCGACGAGCCAUCAUUGUCAUACUCAUUGGCGCUUUUGGGCAAGCUUCUGGAGUCAUUGUAAUCAACAAUUUCAGUCCUAUGAUUUACCAGGCUUUGGGCUUCGAUGUUGAAGAAACUCUGAUUCUCCUCUGCGGUUGGAUCACUGGUGGUAUCUUUGCCUCUCUGAUUGGAGCGUGGCUCAUGGACAAAUGGGGUCGCAGACCAAUGAUCAUCCUCGGGUUUGGCGGCUGCUGUCUUUGCCUGGUGGUCGCGACAAUCAUGAUCGCCCUUUACGCAAGUCCUGUGCCUGACGAUCCGAAUCGAGCAGGCCUUGGUACGGCGGUUGCCAUGCUAUACCUCUUCAUUUGGAUAUUCGCAGCUUGUCUCGACAACGCCCUUGUUGUCUACCUGCCUGAAUUGUUCCCCAAUCACAUUCGAGCCAAAGGAAUGUCCCUGGGUGUAGCUUCACUCUGCCUCACUGACCUGAUCCUCCUGCAGGUGACACCUACCGCAAUGCGAACGAUCGGCUGGAAAUUCUAUCUGGUUUUCAUCUCAGUCACUGCCGUGGCAUUUGUCUGGGCAUGUCUCACCAUCCGCGAAACCAAAGGCUUGCCGUUGGAAGAGAUUGCGUUACUGUUCGGUGAAGGGAACGAGGUGACAGUACUUUCGACCAAUAUACAUGUCGACCACGACAACCACAAUCUCGUCGUAGCGGAGAGUGGAGACGUAGACUACAGCGACAAGGGUUUGGAAAAGGUGCAUGCAAGUCAUACCAAAGCUGAAUCCCAGCCAGCCAAACAUGUUGAAGGGUAACUUCGGAUAUGAGGGAAAUUUGUGACAAUGGGAAGGCUUGGGGAAGCAAGGGAGGCAACCUGUCUGUAGUUUCCAAAUGUCGAAGCUAUAAGUCAUAGUUG